AUGAUGGCGCUGUCCGCCGCGGUUCGAUUGGAGCAGCCGCGGAGCUGCUCUUGGCGCCAUUUUGAAGCGGAGAGGCGGAGGAACGGCCUGGACUGGCUGCGGAAGGGGAGGGGGGGCGGGAGGAGGCGAUUGGAUGCGGCGGCGGCGGCGGCGGCGGCGAGGGCGGCGGAUCCCCGAGAUCGGAGGAGCGCGAGGAGUGUAGGAGCCGGGCGACCGGAGGUAGGAGCGACUCGGCGGGGCGUGCGCGCGUGGAGCCGUCGCCCGCUGAGCCUCGCGUGUCCCGGUGUCCCAGCGGGGCUGCGGUGGGGCCGGGGGCGGGGAGGCCGCGGGCCGCGGCUGGCGCCGGCCCGGAGUGACCUUUGCGGGGGCCGCGGCCGCGCCCCUCCCCCUCCCCUCUCCUCCCCCUGGAGAGAAGCCCCCCGCGCCGCUUCCCCCUUCCGGCUGCCUGCGGGCCCGGCGCGAGGGGAGGCGCGCCGCACUGCUCGGGAGUCGGGGAAGAGCCGGGAGCCGGCCGAGAGAGCGAGAGCGAGAGAGAGAGAGAGAGAGAAAGAGGAGAGAGUCAGAGAGAGUCAGAGAGAGAGAGAGAGAGAGAGAGAGAGAGUCCUCGGGCGACCGCGGGUGCAGCCCCACGGCGGUACGGACAGUGUGCGGUGCGGGCUCGCCCGCCCGCCUCUGCACCGUUAUUCCACUGACACUCUAAAAGUUUGCGGUCCGGGAGAAGCCCUGGCGGCGGCGGCGUUGGUGUUGGCGGCGUUGGCGGCGGCUGUGGCUGUGACUCCAGUGAAUGGGUCAUUCCAUCUCCAGAGGGGUUGUUACCCACCAGCUGAAAACUGCUUUACUAAAUUGGUCUGCAUGGCUGGCCUACAAUUCAGAGAUCUGCCUGUUUCUGCCUCCCGAGUGCCGGGAUUUAAAGGCAUGUGUUGGGCUGGAGAGAUGGCUCAGCGGUUAAGAGCACAGACUGCUCUUCCAGAGGUCCUACAUUCAAUUCCCAGCAAUCACAUGGUGGCUCACAACCAUCUGUAAUGGGGUUCGAUGCAGUCUUCUGGUGUGUCUGAAGACAGUGUACUAAUAAAUCUUUAAAACAACAACAACAACAACAACAACAGUUCUAAGCAUGCAUGUGCCAUACUGUAGCAUGUAUUUUUGUGAAAGCUAUUCUUUUGUUUUGUUUUUGUUUUUUUGUUUUUUUGAGACAGGGUUUUUCUGUGUAGCCCUGGCUGUCCUGGAACUCACUUUGUAGACCAGGCUGGCAGCUAACUCAGAAAUCUGCCUGCCUCUGCCUCCCAAGUGCUGGGAUUAAAGGGGUGUGCCACCACGCCCGGCUGUGAAAGCUAUUCUUAAAAUUGAUGAUUAUAAAGUAAAAAUAUUUAUUACUGGACAAUGUUGAAAUGUUCAAUUCGGCAGUAUCAAAUACUUAGCCAAGAUUUAAUUUUUAUGUAAAAACAAGCAAACCUAUUUUGCUAGCAUGCAGAUUUAUUUUUUCUUUGAUAAAUGGUAAAAAUUACAUGAAAACAAAAAUUAUUUUCAAAUAAAUUUCUUUAUAAUUAAUAAAUAUUCAGAGGUUUGGCAAGAUGGCUCAGUGGUUAAGAGCACUGCCUACUCUUCCAGAGGUCUUGAGUUCAAUUCCCAGCAACCACAAGAUGGCUCACAACCAUCCAUUAAUGGGAUCCAAUGCCCUCUUCUGAUGUGCCCAAAGACAGCAACAGUAUACAUAUAGUAUUCAUAAAAUAAAUAAAUUUUUUAAAGAUUUAUUUAUUUAUUAUAUGUGAGUAUACUGUAGCUGUCUUCAGACACUCCAGAAGAGAGUGUUAGAUCUCUACAGAUGGUUGUGAGCCACCAUGUGGUAGCUGGGAUUUAAACUCGGGACCUC